AAUUGUCUAUUUUUUCUUCUUACCUCAAUGCAUGUUGUCUUCUCCAAUGGCGUGCUAUGAAAAGGUCCACCCGCGUUUGUUGAUCUUUUAGUUAACCAUGUCAUGCCAAGUCGUCGGGUCCUCAUUAGCUGAAAUGUCAAGUUGCCAACCCAUUAGUCCACCGUCCACACUACAAUAACAGCCUCGCUGCUACUUUCUACGCUAACUCUUAUAAUGCAUAGAUAGAUAGAUUUCUAAGCUUCCUCCCUUAUCCUCCAUUGGCUAUAUAUUCUCUAUCCCAAAUUCCAAAUUAUCCUUCCAAACGCUAUGUCUAAAACCAUAAGACCAAUCCCACAUACUCUCUAAAACUUUGAGUAGUGCUUUCUAGAUCUCUUCUUCCACAAUUUUCUUUCACAAGGAAAAAAAAAAAAAAGAGCGCAGGCGGUUGAGUUCUUCUCAUUUCUCAAAUAUCAUCCAGCAAGAAGGCAAUCUUCUCUCCUUGAUCAUUUUCCAAGUAUUGCAUUAGAGAAAAACAAAAAAAAAGGAAAGGAAGAAAGAAAGCCUCCAUUUCUUUUUCAUAGUGUGUGAACUGCGUGUCAUAUUGUGCGUCAGAAAAAAUGAGGAGCAAAGCAAGACAACAGAACAGAUUCUUGAGGAUCAUCACAUAUCCAGCCAGGGCUUUAGGAAAAGCAAGGGAUUUUUACGUGAGAAGCAUUACAAGUUGCAGUGAUAAUUUCGGCCACGGAACCCUUGUCAUGGGCAUGCCCUCAUCAAACUACUCGGCGAGUUUGCCAAGGAGUUAUAGUGCUAAUUCAUCAGCGUCGACUGAUGUUAACGAUGAUUUAAGAGAGCUGAUUAGAGCUGCUUCAACGAGGACUUCAUCCGAUAAUAUUGACAUCAAUUGCUUGUACCUGCAACAACUAAUUAUGAAGCAGCAAAUGUCAAACUCGGUCGCUGGACCAAAAAGUAUGCCACUAAGAAGUUGCAGUGUCGGCAUGGGAAAGAUUGAUGAAGAAAACCCUUCUGUUUUUGCAUCUGAAGACAGCGCGAAUAAUAUGAAGCCAAAAGACGCGUAUCCAAGAAGCAGAAGCCAUGCUGUUAAUAGGAGGAGUGUUGUCUUCUGAUCCUGAUCAUUUUCCUCUAGGAAAGUGGUACGAAUGAGAGCGAUGGAAAGUUUCAUUCUUCAUUCGUUUUGGAUUUUGAUUCAUCUGAAACAAUCUCUCUUAUUCUCCUUUUGUUUUUCUUUCUCUGUCUCUCCUUUUUUAUACUCUGUUUCUUUCAGGCUUGGUUGUUUGUACAGGAAAGGCUUCAUCUCUAAAUUGCCAAGUUUCUCUCAUCCUUAAUGGAUGAAGAUUGUUAAUUGUUUUUUCUUUUUAAUUUAUUUUCUGCUUUAACAUGUAUGGUCGGUCGAAAAAACAAAGGACAUGUAUGCAGCAGUUUGGUAGCUGGAUUAGUCUCAAAACUCAAAAGUAGUUCGUGCCAA